AUGUCCGAGGAAGAGAAUUUAUUGAAGGAGGCGAGGAAACUUCCAUGGGAGGAUCGGCUGGCGCACAAGAAUUGGAAGGUUAGGAAUGAGGCCAAUGUCGACCUAGCUUCCGUCUGUGAUUCUAUUACGGAUCCUAAGGACCCCCGCCUCCGCGAUUUUGGUCACUUGUUUAGGAAGACGGUGGCGGAUUCCAAUGCGGCGGUACAAGAGAAGGCCCUCGAUGCAUUGAUUGCGUUUUUGAAGGCAGCCGACUCAGAUGCUGGAAGGUACGGAAAGGAAGUCUGCGAUGCAAUUGCGGCUAAAUGCCUCACGGGUCGGACGAAGACUGUGCAAAAGGCGCAGGAUGCCUUCUUGCAUUGGGUAGAACUAGAGGCGGUUGAUGUUGUUCUGGAUACAAUGGAGAAAGCUAUAAAGAAUAAAGUUGCAAAGGCUGUGGUACCUGCAGUAGACGUUUUGUUUAAUGCUCUCCGUGAUUUUGGAUCAAAAGUUAUACCACCCAAAAGGAUUUUAAAGAUGCUUCCUGAACUAUUUGACCACCAAGACCAGAAUGUCCGUGCAUCUGCCAAAGGGGUGACUCUUGAGCUAUGCCGUUGGAUUGGAAAAGACCCUAUAAAGUCUAUAUUGUUUGAAAAGAUGAGGGAUACCAUGAAAAAAGAUAUGGAGGCUGAGCUUGCCAAUGUUUCAGGGGGUGCCAAGCCUAGGCGAAAGAUAAGGUCUGAGCAAGACAAAGAGCCAGAGGCAGAAGUUAGCGCUGAUGUUGUGGGUGAUGGGCCCAGUGAAGAACCUGUUGCUGAUGCGCCUCAGGAAAUAGAUGAGUACGAUCUUAUGGACCCUGUAGACAUUUUGACUCCUCUAGAAAAGUCUGGGUUCUGGGACGGAGUGAAAGCUACAAAGUGGUCAGAACGUAAGGAGGCCGUUGCAGAGCUAACCAAGCUUGCUUCAACUAAAAAGAUAGCUGCUGGUGAUUUUUCUGAAAUUUGUCGGAUCUUAAAGAAGCUUAUCACGGAUGUUAACUUAGCCGUUGCAGUGGAAGCCAUUCAAGCCAUUGGAAAUCUUGCACGUGGUUUAAGAACACAUUUCUCAGCUAGUUCACGGUUUAUGCUACCUGUUUUACUUGAAAAAAUGAAAGAGAAAAAGCCAACAGUCGCAGAGGCACUUUCACAAACGCUACAAGCAAUGUACAAAGCUGGGUGUUUGAAUCUUGUUGACAUUAUAGAAGAUGUGAAGGUGGCGGUGAAAAACAAAGUUCCACUUGUGCGUUCUUUAACUUUGAACUGGUUGACAUUCUGCCUUGAAACAAGUAACAAGGCUCUUAUUCUAAAGGCGCACAAAGAAUAUGUCCCUUUAUGUAUGGAGUGUCUCAAUGAUGGAACUCCUGAUGUGAGGGAUGCAGCAUUUUCGGCUUUGGCUGCAAUAGCAAAGUCUGUAGGUAUGAGACCUUUGGAAAGGUCGUUGGAAAAACUUGAUGAUGUUAGAAGAAAGAAACUUUCAGAAAUGAUUGCAAGCUCUGGUGGUGGUGAACCAGCUGGCACAGGCUCAGUGACAGUUCAGUCUUCAGUUGGUAGCACGGCCACAGGGAACCCAGAAGCUUCCUUUGUAAGGAAAUCAGCAGCAAGCAUGUUGAGCGGAAGAAGACCUGCUGUUGCUGCUCCUGCGGGCAAGAAGACUGGGACUGCCAAAACAGGUGGAAGCAAAAAAGAUGGUGCUGUACGGAAUGAAAGUUCAAAAUCUGUUGAACCUCCUGAAGAUGUCGAGCCUGGUGAGAUGGGUCUUGAAGAGAUUGAAAACAGAUUAGGAUCUCUUGUGAAACCAGAAACUAUUUCUCAGCUAAAGAGCUCUGUAUGGAAAGAAAGACUUGAAGCAACUUUGUCUUUGAAAGAAGAGAUAGAAGGUGUACAAGAGCUAGACAAGUCGGUGGAAAUCUUGGUCCGGUUGUUGUGUGCAGUUCCUGGUUGGAAUGAUAAAAAUGUGCAGGUUCAGCAACAGGUCAUUGAAAUCAUCACUUACAUAUCUUCGACUGCGGCAAAGUUUCCUAAGAAAUGUGUCGUACUUUGCAUUACGGGCACUAGUGAACGAGUUGCAGAUAUAAAGACACGAGCCUCUGCUAUGAAGUGUCUUACUGCUUUCUGCGAAGCAGUUGGUCCUGGAUUUGUUUUCGAUAGACUUUACAAAAUCAUGAAAGAUCACAAGAACCCCAAGGUUCUCAGUGAAGGCUUGUUAUGGAUGGUUUCGGCAGUCGAUGACUUUGGUGUCUCCCUUUUGAAACUAAAGGAUUUGAUAGAUUUUUGUAAGGAUGUUGGGCUGCAAUCUAGUGCAGCUGCCACCAGAAAUGCUACAAUCAAACUUUUGGGUACUUUACACAAGUUUGUUGGUCCAGACAUCAAAGGGUUUCUUAAUGAUGUUAAACCUGCACUAUUAAGUGCACUUGACACCGAGUAUGAGAAAAACCCCUUUGAGGGGACCGCGGCUCCAAAGAGAGCUGUCAAGACGUCAGUUUCCACAUCAACCUCUGCUGGAGGGCUGGAUAGCUUACCUAGAGAAGAUAUCAGUAGCAAGAUUUCCCCUAAUAUUCUUAAGGGCUUCGAGAGUCCUGAUUGGAAGAUGCGUUUGGAGUCAAUUGAAGCUGUCAAUAGAAUUCUGGAAGAGUCUAACAAACGUAUCCAACCAACUGGGACUGGAGAAUUAUUUGGUGCUCUACGAGGACGACUGUUAGAUAGUAACAAAAAUCUUGUUAUGCAAACAUUGACUACCAUUGGAGGUGUUGCAUCAGCUAUGGGACCAGCUGUCGAGAAGGCGAGCAAGGGAAUUCUAUCUGAUGUUCUGAAAUGUCUUGGUGACAACAAGAAGCACAUGAGAGAAUGCACCUUAGCUGCUCUUGAUUUGUGGCUUGGUGCUGUGCAUCUUGACAAAAUGAUUCCUUACAUUAUAUUAGCGCUAACAGAUGGGAAAAUGGGAGCAGAAGGACGUAAAGAUCUUUUUGAUUGGUUGACAAAACAACUUGCUGGAUUAAGUGACUUUACUGAUGCUAUACAUUUACUGAAACCUGCAAGCACCGCUAUGAUGGACAAAUCAGCAGAUGUUCGAAAAGCAGCUGAAGGAUGCAUUUCUGAGAUCUUGAGAGUCAGUGGACAAGAAACGAUUGAAAAGAAUCUCAAAGAUAUCCAAGGCCCAGCCUUAGCUAUUGUGCUUGAAAAAGUAAGACCAGGAUUUGUUCAAGAACCGUUUGAAUCAUCAAAAGCUAUGGCGGGCCCAGCGUCCAAAGGUGUUUCAAAGGUUUCAAAAUCGGUUUCUAAUGGUACCUUGAAGCAAGGAAACAGAUCAAGAGCAUUACCGACAAAGGGCUCAAGGCCAGAUCAAAUUACAUCUGUCCAUGAUAUAACUAUCCAGUCACAGUCUUUGCUAAAUACUAAGGACUCCAAUAAGGAGGACAGGGAGAGGGUGGUGGUUCGUAGAAUUAAAUUUGAGGAGCUGCGACCAGAACAGAUUCAGGAUCUUGAGAAUGAUAUGAUGAAAUUUUUUAGGGAAGACUUGCAAAAACGGUUGCUGAGUCCAGACUUCAAGAAACAAGUAGAUGGGCUGGAAAUCCUACAGAAGGCACUUCCAUCUCUUUCGAAGGAAAUUAUAGAAGUAUUAGAUAUACUUCUCAGGUGGUUUGUGUUGCAAUUCUGUAAAUCCAACACAACUUGUCUGCUAAAGGUGCUUGAGUUUCUUCCAGAACUUUUCAACACAUUGAAGGAUGAGGAGUACUGCUUGACAGAAGCAGAAGCUGCGAUAUUUCUGCCUUGUUUGGCGGAGAAGUUGGGGCAUAACAUUGAAAAAGUAAGAGAAAAAAUGCGUGAGCUGAUGAAGCAAAUUAUCCAUGCAUAUUCUGUAGCAAAGACAUACCCCUAUAUUUUGGAAGGUUUACGUUCCAAAAACAACCGUACAAGGAUAGAGUGUACUGAUCUCAUCGGAUAUCUACUAGAGACUUGUGGAACUGAGAUAAGUGGACUACUGAAAUACUUGAAUAUGGUUGCAAGCUUGACGGCAGAAAGAGAUGGCGAACUCAGAAAAGCUGCUCUGAACACCAUGGCUACGGGUUAUAAGAUUCUUGGUGAUGAUAUCUGGCGAUAUGUUGGGAAGCUUACAGAUGCUCAAAAGAGUAUGCUUGUUGAUAGAUUUAAGUGGAAAAUCAAAGAAAUGGAGAAAAGAAGAGAAGGGAGACCUGGGGAGGCACGAGCAGCAUUAAGACGUUCAGUUAGAGAAAACGGACCUGAAGUGGCAGAGCAAAGUGGUGACCUAUCUCAAAUAGCCCCCGCCUCUUUAUUUCCAAGGCAAAGCUAUGGUAUUUCUGAACAAGUUCUAGAGAGGAACCCAGUACCUCGGACAAUCGCUGGACUUAAUGGCCCAACAGACUGGAAUGAGGCUCUGGACAUCAUUAUGUUUGGUUCUCCAGAGCAGUCGGUUGAAGGGAUGAAAGUUGUGUGUCAUGAGUUGGCACAGGCUUCUAAUGAUCCGGAAGAGAGUGCAAUUGAUGAACUUGUGAAGGAUGCAGAUGGGCUUGUUUCAUGCUUAGCAAAUAAGGUCGCCAAGACAUUUGAUGUCAGCUUAAUGGGAGCCUCAUCAAGGUCUUGUAAAUAUGUGUUGAACACACUUAUGCAGACGUUCCAAAACAAAAAGCUAGCGCAUGCAGUCAAAGAAGGGACUCUAGAAAGCCUUAUAACAGAGCUCUUGCUUUGGCUUCUGGAUGAAAGAGUUCCACGCAUGGAAGAUGGCAGCCAACUUCUGAAAGCUCUAAAUGUUUUGAUGCUCAAGAUCUUGGAUAAUGCUGAUCGGACGUCAUCGUUUGUGGUCCUUAUUAGCUUGCUACGUCCUCUAGAUCCAUCUAGAUGGCCUUCACCCGCUACGGCUGAAGUUUAUGCUGUCCGGAAUCAGAAAUUCUCUGAUUUGCUUCUCCAAAGCACCAUAUAUGAAGUGGAUCUUGAUCGACUUCUUCAGAGCAUCCAUGUAUAUCUGCAAGAGCUAGGAAUGGAAGAGAUACGUAGGAGAGCUGGAGCAGAUGAUAAACCUCUGAGGAUGGUGAAAACUGUGCUACAUGAACUUGUUAAGCUCCGGGGAGCUGCAAUAAAGGGACACUUGUCUCUUGUCCCUAUUGACAUGAGGCCUCAACCCAUCAUUCUUGCUUACAUCGAUCUGAACCUUGAGACUUUAGCUGCAGCAAGAAUGUUAACUUCAACAGGACCUGUGGGCCAAGCCCAUUGGACAGAUUCAACAGCCAACAAUCCCUCACCUCCCGCUAAUUCUGCUGAUGUUCAGCUGAAGCAAGAGCUUGGGGCGAUUUUUAAGAAAAUCGGUGAUAAGCAAACUUCCACAAUCGGUCUUUACGACCUCUACCACAUCACUAAGUCAUAUCCAAAGGUUGAUAUCUUUUCCCAACUCCAAAAUGCUAGCGAAGCGUUUCGUACUUACAUCAGAGACGGUUUGGCCCAGGUGGAGAAGAAUGCAGCUGCGGGAAGAACGCCUUCAAGCCUACCGUUGUCAACUCCUCCGCCUUCUUCCUUAGCUCUUCCAUCUCCUGAAAUUCCUUCCUUAGACGCGAAGCCUCUGAUGCACACUAAGUCUGAUUCAUACACGGACGAUCUCCGAGCCAGUAACAUCAACCCCGGGACGCUAGAUGCAAUCAGAGAAAGGAUGAGGACCAUGCAACUGGCUUCAUCGGGGACACUCGAGUCAGUAAGCAGACCGCUGAUGCCAACAAACGAGAACAUAUCGAUCGAUAGCAUGUCAAUGAACCAACAACAGCAACAGAGCAUUCCACCGAGCCAAAUGGGAGCAGAGACUCAUCAACACCCACACCCAGCGGUUCUCCCAAUGGACGAGAAAGCAUUGUCGGGUCUGCAGGCAAGAAUGGAGAGGCUCAAAGGUGGAUCACUCGAACAUAUGUAG